UAUCUAAUUUUAAGUUCAACAUAUAUGGCUGAAGCUUUCCUUCAAAUUCUGCUAGAAAAUAUCACUUCUUUCAUCCAAGGGGAACUUGGAUUGCUUCUCGGUUUUGAAAAUGAGUUUGAAAAUAUUUCGAGCAGGUUUUCUACAAUCCAAGCAGUGCUUGAAGAUGCUCAGGAGAAGCAACUUAAGGACAAGGCAAUUAAAAACUGGUUACAGAAACUCAAUGCUGCUGCGUAUAAAGUUGAUGACCUAUUGGACGAAUGUAAAUAUGAGUCAGCAAGACUCAAGCAGUCUCGAUUAGGGCGUUAUCAUCCAAAGACUAUUGCUUUCCGUCACAAGAUUGGGAAAAGGAUAAAAGAGAUGAUGGAGAAACUAGAUGCAAUUGCUAAGGAAAGAACGGAUUUUCAUUUGCACGAAAAGAUUAUAGAAAGACAAGUUGCUAGACCGGAAACAGGUUCUGUUUUAACUGAACCACAAGUUUAUGGAAGAGACAAAGAGGAAGAUGACAUAGUGAAUAUCCUGAUAAACAAUGUUAAUAAUGCCCAAGAGCUUUCAGUCCUCCCAAUACUUGGUAUGGGGGGGCUAGGAAAAACGACUCUUGCCCAGAUGGUCUUCAAUGAUCAGAGAGUAACUGAGCAUUUCCAUCCCAAAAUAUGGAUUUGUGUCUCAGAUGAUUUUGAUGAGAAGAGAUUGAUAAAGACAAUUAUAGGUAAUAUUGAAAGAAGUUCUCUUGAUGUCGAGGACUUGGCUUCAUUUCAGAAGAAGCUUCAGGAGUUGUUGAAUGGAAAAAGAUACUUGCUUGUCUUAGAUGAUGUUUGGAAUGAAGAUCAAGAUAAGUGGGAUAAUCUAAGAGCAGUCUUGAAGGUUGGAGCAAGUGGUGCUUCUGUUCUAACUACUACUCGUCUUGAAAAGGUUGGAUCAAUUAUGGGAACAUUGCAACCAUAUGAAUUGUCAAAUCUGUCUCAAGAAGACUGUUGGUUGUUGUUCAUACAUCGUGCAUUUAGACAUCAAGAAGAAAUAAGUCCUAACUUUGUGGCUAUCGGAAAGGAGAUUGUGAAAAAAAGUGGUGGUGUGCCUCUAGCAGCCAAGACUCUUGGAGGUCUUUUGCGCUUCAAGAGAGAAGAAAGAGAAUGGGAACAUGUGAGAGAUAGCGAGAUUUGGAAUUUACCUCAAGAUGAAAGGUCUAUUAUGCCUGCCCUAAGGCUUAGUUAUCAUCAUCUUCCACUUGAUUUGAGACAAUGCUUUGUGUAUUGUGCAGUUUUCCUAAAGGACACUGAAAUGGAAAAAGAAAAGCUAAUCUCUCUCUGGAUGGCGCACGGUUUUCUUUUAUCAAAAGGAAACAUGGAGCUAGAGGAUGUGGGCAAUGAAGUAUGGAAAGAAUUAUGCUUGAGGUCUCUUUUCCAAGAGAUUGAAGUUAAAGAUGGUAAAACUUAUUUCAAGAUGCAUGAUCUCAUCCAUGAUUUGGCUACAUCUCUGUUUUCAGCAAGCGCAUCAAGCAGCAAUAUCCGCGAAAUAAAUGUAAAAGGUUACCCACAUAGGAUGAUGUCCAUUGGUUUCGCUGAACUGGUGUCUUCUUACUCUCCUUCUCUCUCGCAAAAGUUUGUCUCAUUAAGAGUGCUUAAUCUAGGUAACUCAAAAUUUAAGAAGUUACCAUCUUCCAUUGGAGAUCUAAUACAUUUAAGAUACUUGAACCUCUCUAGCAAUAACAUAAGUCUUCCAAAGCAGUUAUGCAAGCUUCAAAAUCUGCAAACUCUUGAUCUACAAUAUUGCUCCAGAAUUUGUUGUUUGCCAAAAGAAACAAGUAAACUUGGUAGUCUCCGAAAUCUUUUACUUGAUGGUUGCAAUAAAUUGACUUGUAUGCCACCAAGGAUAGGAUCUUUGACAUGCCUUAAGACUCUAGAUUGCUUUGUUGUUGGAACGAAGAAAGGUUAUCAACUUGGUGAACUAGGAAGCCUAAAUCUCUAUGGCUCAAUUAAAAUCUCGCAUCUUGAGAGAGUGAAGAAAGAUAAGGAUGCAAAAGAAGCCAACUUAUCUGCAAAAGGGAAUCUGCAUUCUUUAAUCAUGAGUUGGGACAGCGGACCUGAAUCAGAAGAUGUUAAAGUGCUUGAAGCCCUCAAACCACACCCCAAUCUGACUUCUUUAACAAUCAAUGGCUUCAGAGGAUUCCGUCUCCCAGAGUGGAUGAAUCACUCAGUAUUGAAAAAUAUUGUCUCUAUUGUAAUUACCGACUGCAGAAACUGCUCGUGCUUACCACCCUUUGGUGAUCUGCCUUGUCUAGAAAGUCUAGAGUUACAAUAUGGGUGUGUGGAGUAUGUUGAUGUUGAUGUUGAUUCUGGAUUCCCCAGAAGAAUAAGGUUUCCAUCCCUGAGAAAACUUUGUAUAACAUAUUUUGGUAAUCUGAAAGGAUUGGUGAAAAAGGAAGGAGGAGAGCAAUUCCCUGUGCUUGAAGAGAUGGAGAUUCGCUAUUGCCCUAUUCUGACCCUUUCUUCUAAUCUUAGGGCUCUUACUUCCCUCAACAUUAGCGAUAAUGAAGAAGAUACUUCAUUACCAGAAGAGAUGUUCAAUAGCCUUACAAAUCUCAAAUACUUGAAUAUCUCUGACUUCAAUAAUCUCAAAGAGCUGCCUACCAGCCUGGCUAGUCUCAAUGCUUUGAAGAGUCUCCAAUUUGAAUUUUGUGACGCACUAGAGAGUCUCCCAGAGGAAGGGGUGAAAGGUUUAACUUCACUCACCGAGUUAUUUGUUACAUCCUGUAAGAUGCUAAAAUGUUUACCGGAGGGAUUGCAGCACCUAACAGCCCUCACAACUUUAACAAUUAGGAGAUGUCCAACACUGGCCAAGCGGUGUGAGGAGGGAAUAGGAGAAGACUGGCACAAAAUUGCACACAUUCCUAAUCUGGAAAUAUAUUCCUAAGUAUUAUUUGUAAUUGUUUCUUUGUUUGCGAGUCUUUUUGGUUCCUGCCAUUGUGAUUGUAUGUAAUUUUUUCUACGGUUGUUUGUUUGUGAGUCUCUCUCUCAUUGGAUGUAAUUUUCUUUUGGAAACAAAUCAACAAUCUAUUUGUAUUAUACGCUUUCA